GGUUAUAAGUAGAGAAGCUGUUCAACUUUGAACAAAUUUUGGGUCUGAAAAUUGGGAUUAAACUAAUUAAUUAUGCAGUCUUCAAGAACCAGAAACCCUGCUCCUUUUCUAUCAAAGACUUAUGAUCUGUUAGAAGAAGCUGGAAGCUUCCAUUUCAAAGCAGCUGAUCAAGAAGAAGAACAAAAGGAUGUUGGCAAUAGGAUUGUGUCAUGGAAUGCAGAGGGAAGUGGGUUCAUUGUUUGGUCUCCUGCUGAUUUCUCUGAGCUUUUAUUGCCAAAGUAUUUCAAGCAUAAUAACUUCUCCAGCUUCAUUCGCCAGCUUAAUACUUAUGGGUUCAAGAAAACGUCGUCGAAACGGUGGGAAUUCAAGCAUGAGAAGUUUCACAGAGGGAAAAGGCAUAUGCUGGUGGAGAUUGUACGUAAGAAAUGUGAGCCAAGUGUGUUUCCAGCCUUUCUAAGAUCUUCGCAUGAAGGAGCUGCAACAAUGGCGGUUGAUCAGGAGAAUGGAGACCAUCUGUUACUAAUGGAAGAGAACAAUAACUUAAGAAGACAGAAGCUGGAAUUGCAGGCUCAAAUAGCCAAAUUCAAAGCACUACAUAUUAGAUUGCUCGACUGUCUAGGUCAGUGCAUUGAAAAAUAGCCUAUGGAGAAUUUUGAUUGUUAGAAAGAUGGGUUGCUUGUGAAAGUUUCAGAAAGUAAUGCUUUUGAGUUUUCCAUUUGCUCCGUGUUGAGUUAGUGCUGUCCACAAUUAGUUUUAAGGAAGUUACAACAAUACUUUGGCUUUCCAUCAAAGUUAGAUACGAACAAUUAAACAGAUGUUUUAUACUAGUUUAAUAUAGUCUAACUAAAUAUAUAAAUCAAUACUACUUUGAUUCUUGUAUUUUAACUUUAA